AAGUGUAAACAGCUCAUAUUCAUUCCAGCUUCACCGAUUAGCUUUAUGUUUUUACGAAGACAAGUAUAAAUUGGAGAAUUUGGUGGAGUAUCAUGUUUUUGAGUAUACCUAUAACUCUGACGGAGUGAACUCCAUGAACAUUCACUCCAAGAACCGGAACAGUAUCAAAAACACAAUGCGGUUUUCUUUGGAAAAUGUUAGGGACAGAACUAUCCAGUUACUUAGAGCUUGUGUGGUCAUCACGCAGGCAUACACAACACAGUUUUCUAACAUUAAUGAUGUUAGCUUCCGCCUUUAUUACAAUGAUAGUGCACCAGCGGACUACCAAGCACCAGGUUUCGUGAGAAUGAGAGAAGAAGACCACCUGAAGCCAACAAUUCAAGACAAUCUAAGACUUGGUUGGGUGGAAACGCCAUACCAUAAAAUUGUGACUUACUCCUUCUAUAAGCAACCUAGUAGGGCUAUGAGGCAAAUCCAACAGAGAAUCCACCAGAGCAAGUGCUUACUAAUGAUAUGGAACUAUCAGAGUCUAUGCAUUUUACGUCGAACAUUGGAGCUGUGUUGGGAAGUCCAAACCAUUGGAGCCCGGGACUUGAUGGACAAAUUCGUUAUAUCUGAGUCCAACGCUGCUAAUCUCAUGCAGUUACUUCAUUCCAAUAAAAUUAUCCAACAAAAUUCACAAUCCAAUCUAACAACACGUCAGAAAAUAGAAAAAGACCAGUUAAAAAUAUUGAUGUCCAACUUCUUCCACACUACCGAGGAUAACAUAGUCGAUCUACUAUUAACCGAAUUCGCUUCCCAAGAAAGUGUACCAGAUCCCAUUUCUGGUGCUCUAAAUCUCACGGAAAAGAUUUCAAUCAAGAGAAAAGAGAAACGAGCUCAAAAAAGAAGGAUUGAGAUUGAAGAUAAGGCAAUGAUCGCCAGGACUGGUGUUAAAUUUAAAUUGGCUAGAGUUGUACUAAAAAGAUUGUUGAUAUAAUGAAAAUGUAAAUGAUGUUGAUGAAAGCUGAAACG